AUGAAAAUCCUGUUUGUUCUCAUCUUUUUCGUCGCCACGACUUCAUCUUCACCUGUCCUUAGUCGUGAUGGCAUUCGAGACCCCGAUUUCCAAAAUCGCCAGUUUUUCCACUACCCACAAAUGAUACUCUUUGAGCAGGAGCGUGGGAAAACUCCGACAGACCGAAGUAAGGAAGAACAGGUUCCGUUCGUGAACCAGUUCUAUACAUCCACCACUUCUUCACCUCAACUAUUCCCGUCGGCAUCAGAAUCAGAAGUGGAAGAUCAAUCAAAUAAACUACUGAGAAUUAUUCUGAAUAUCUUUAUCCUCUUCGUCAUGCCACCCAUUGUAGUUCUUGGCAUCAUCGUAUAUCUCCAGCACAAAGUCCACCAAAGGCACAACGAUGACCUCGUGCACAAUCGCUACACAUUCGUUUCCCGAGUUCGCUACACAAAGGUUUGGCAUGAAGGGGAAGGUGAUGAGCAUGAUCCUCUGAUUGAAUUGGACGCCGCCUAA